AUGUUUGUAGCGAUAAUCCUCAAUCAUUCGUUUUACUCGCUUGUUAUUGUAAGCGCUCGGUCAAGGAUGUUUGAACCUCCAUUCAUAAGCGACUUUGAUUUUGGGACAGAUUUCGGGAGCUCGGCACAAAAUCCGUUCUCGCUUCGCACCAGAUUACGAGAGGUACGAGAUGCGUUCCGAGGAAUCCGGGUAAUUAUUGUUUAUUUCCUAAACAAACUGUGUAUUUUUUCUUGUGUUUGUAAUGACAUCCUUCGCAAAAAGUAA